AGUUGACUGAACUACAUGCUGACCUGGAUAACAUUCAGGCUUUUUGUCAGAUUUUGGAAGGCUGCCGAGAUACCCGAGACACGCGAGUCAGUGUUGGUAAAAAGAUCCACACAGGAAAAAGUCUUAUUUUAAGCAAGGCCUUUUAAGCCAGUCAUAGCCUGUUUUUUGAUCUUAUCUGAUCGGAAAUUUGUCACUGACAGCGUCCAUUUUAACGCAACUGCUGGCAGCCGGGUGGUCUGUGUAAAAUGGAGAAUAAAUCCAAGCAAACUGUUAGCCAGGAGAUUCCUGACGCUGCACAAAAGUCAGACAAUGACUCCAUCUCCGACGUGUUGCAGGCGGCUGGCAUCAGCAACCACCAAAAUGAUCCUACUGAACCAGUCUUGACCUUACGGAUGUGGGUAUUGGGAAUUUUAUUUUGCGCCAUAGUCAGUGGUUUGAACACAUUGUACACCCUUCGAAAUCCGUCAAUCACGAUCUCAUCAUCGGUGGUACUCCUACUGUCCUACCCGCUAGGUAAACUAUGGGAAAAGGUUGUUCCAAAUUGGAACGCACGCUUGAGAUCGUGGUCAUUUAGCCUAAACCCUGGCCCCUUCAAUCAAAAGGAACAUGUACUGAUCUACAUUAUGUCAAAUUUAAGUAUCUAUGUUCGCCUCGGCGCGGACGUUUUGACCGAACAACAGAUGUUUUAUGGUUACAAGACUAGCUGGGGCUUUCAAGUUCUCAUUACCUUGUCUACAUUCCUCAUCGGGUUUUGCUUGGCUGGACUUUUCCGUUCCGUAGUCAUUGAACCCCGAGAGCUUAUUUGGCCAGGUCUACUAGGCACUACUGCUCUCACAUCCACACUUCACAAUGUCGAGAAAGGUAGUGUUCAAGAGAUAUACGCAAAAUACAGAAUGUCUCGAUACGCAUUUUUCACACUGGUCUUCUGCAUAUCCUUCUGCUGGUACUGGUUCCCGGACUUCAUUUUCCCGGCGUUAAGCUACUUUACUUUCCCAUGUUGGAUUAAUCCGAAGAGUAAGGUAGUCAACCAGCUGUUUGGGAUGACGUCGGGAAUGGGACUACUGCCAAUUACCUUUGACUGGAGUCAAAUAUCAUAUGUUGGAUCUCCCUUACUCGUUCCGUCGUGGGCUAUUCUUAAUGUGUUUUUGGGGCUUGUCUUUUGGAUUUGGAUUGUUGCAGUUGCAUGCUAUUAUACUAAUACCUGGUAUACUGGCUACCUCCCGUUCCAGAGUUCUUCAGUUUAUGACAAUACAGGAGCGGUAUACAAAGCGUCUAGAAUUGUCAAUAAAGCUGACGGCUACAAAAUUGACGUUGCCAAGUACGAGUCUUACUCCCCAGUGUACAUGCCUGUUACAUAUGCCAUCAAUAUGUUUGGUCUUUCCUUUGCAACCAUUAGUUCACUGCUAGUUUGGGUAAUACUGGAACAGCGUCAUGUCAUGAUGACAGCUGUUCGAAGGCUUCCCAAACUAAUUAGUGGGUCUCUUUUGCGACGUAAGAACAUUAGCACAGGAGGAGGAACAGGACAGAUUGAGGUACCAAUAUGGUGGUACCUUAUCUGUUGCCUCAUAGCUCUUUUCAUGUCUAUAUUUGCUGUCGAAUACUGGAACGCCGAACUUCGCUGGUAUGGUGUUUUAUUAGCUUGUGCUGUCGCUUUGAUUUUCUAUGCUCCGCUUGCUCUGGUAUAUGCUACUGCCAAUCUGAAAAUCAAUAUAGAUAUUUUCUGUCGCAUUGUGGCUGGUUUUGUCUUUGAAGGCAAAGUUCUCGCAAAUAUUUGGUUCUUUGAUCUGGGCUACAUCACAACUAUCAAGGGACUCUACUUUGCCCAAGACAUGAAGUUGGCCCACUAUUGCAAUGUUCCACAAAAAUCUCUAUUUCUAGUGCAGUGUGUAGGUAUGAUAGUCGGAACCUUAAGUUCACUUGGAGUCCUCAACUGGAGUCUCAAUCACAUAGAGGGGGUCUGUACAACCGACGGAACAAAUGGCUUUACGUGCCCAUAUUCGCGCACACACUUCAACACAUCUCUUAUCUGGGGUGCUAUCGGACCCUGGCGUUACUUUACCAGCAAAGUUGGCUACCACUCUCUUUUUUACUUCUUCAUCAUUGGUGCCAUUCUUCCUAUACCAGUCUACUUCAUGAAGCAACGACGCCCAAGCUCAUUUUGGCGUCACAUCAAUGUCCCAUUAUUCCUGGGCGGUCUCAACUAUCUACCUCCUGCUACGGGUACAAGUUAUGGCAGCUGGGCUGUAGUGGGGCUUAUAUUUGGGUGGUUUAUCCGACGACGACUACAUGCGUGGUGGUAUAAGUAUAAUUUUGUGACGAGCUCAGCGUUGGACUCAUCUGUGUCAAUGGCCGGUGUAGUCAUUUUCUUUUCAAUUUACUACAGUGGUGCGUCGUCGAAAUUCAGCUGGUGGGGAACAACGGUAUAUAAGAAUACGUGCGAUUAUAAAGGCUGUGCGCAUCUGGAAAUUCCAGAAAGCGGAAAGUUCGGGCCGUAGACAACAAAGCAGCAUAUAUAACAUCUGGAAAAUUGAGUAGACCUCGAUGUUGUCGAUGUUCAAUGCGAACAUGGACCUUUUUAUGUAGAGGCGUGUUACGUACACGCAGAUUAUGAAUUCAUAUAUCUUGAUUUGCUUAAACACAUUUGUACAUAGCAAUUGAUAACGUUAUAAUUGUAUCUUACACUUUGAAAAUCAUACCGACAUGGAAUCAAUUGAUGUUGAG